CCGGGGCGCCGCGUCGAGCGGGGAGCGGAUCUGGAGCUGCGGCCGGGCGGCCAGGCUGGCGACCGCCCUGGGCCUGAUGAUGAAGCUGAGCCCCCUGCACUGGUCCCUGUCCUGCUUCCUUGUGCUGCUGCCCUGGCCUCCAUCCACUCCAGCAUCGACGAUACCUUGGCAGUGCCCGCCUGGGGAGGAGCCCAGCCUGGACCUGGGGCAGGGUACGUUGUGCAGGUCCUGCCCCCCAGGCACAUUCUCAGCCUCAUGGGGCCCCAGCCCAUGCCAACCCCACACCUGCUGCAGCCCUCGAGGGAGGCUGGAGGCCCAGGCGGGUUCGGCGACUCGAGAUACACUGUGUGGAGGCUGCCAGCCUGGGUGGUUUGCUCCUGAGGGGGCCCCCCACGUUCCAUGUCAGCCCUGCUCCUGGGCACCUCCGGGUACUCGCAGCUGUAAUGUGUGGGGGCGUCGGGCCCGGCGUGGUGUGGAGGUGGCAGCAGGGGCCGGCAGCAGUGGGGAGACCCGGCAGUCUGGGAACGGCACGCGGGCGGGCAGCCCCGAGGAGACAGCUGCACAGUAUGCGGUGGUCGCCAUCGUGCCCGUCUUCUGCCUCAUGGGGCUGCUGGGCAUCCUGGUGUGUAACCUGCUCAAGCGGAAGGGCUACCACUGCACAGCCCACAAGGAGGUCGGGCCUGGCCCCGGAGGCGGAGGCAGCGGUAUCAACCCUGCCUACCGGACCGAGGAUGCCAACGAGGACACCAUCGGGGUCCUGGUGCGCCUAAUCACAGAGAAGAAAGAGAACGCGGCGGCCCUGGAGGAGCUGCUGAAGGAGUAUCACAGCAAACAGCUGGUGCAGACAAACCAUGGGCCUGUGCCCAGGCUGCCACCAGGCACCCCCAGCAUGCCACACAUCUGCCCACAUCGCCACCACCUCCACACUGUGCAGGGCCUGGCCUCACUCUCUGGUUCCUGCUGCUCCCGAUGUAGCCAGAAGAAGUGGCCCGAGGUGCUGCUGUCCCCUGAGGCUGCAGCAGCCAUCACUCCUGCUCCCAGCUUCCUGCCCAGCUCAGCCCGGGCUCCUAAGGCCGGGGCCAAGACAGGACGCCAGGGGGAGAUCACCAUCCUGUCUGUGGGCAGGUUCCGUGUGGCUCGAAUUCCUGAGCAGCGGACAAGUUCAGCAGCAUCUGAGGUGAAGACCAUCACAGAGGCUGGGCCCUCAGGGGGUGAUUUCCCUGAUUCCUCACAACCUGGCCUCCCCGCUGAGCAGCGGGCACUGCUGAGCAGCGGCACAAACCACACCAAGUGGCUGAAGCCCCCACUGGAGAAGAAGGCUGAGGAGAGCCGCUAUGUGGUCCGGCUAAGUGAGAGCAACCUGGUCAUCUGAAGGGCUGUCUAGUCUGAGGACACUGCAGCCCAGCUCUGGGAGGUUCCAGUGGCUUCCUGAAGGAGGUAGAGCUGCAACUGGGCCUGUGAGGACCAAGAAGCAGUGGCCCAGUGGACAGAACAGCAGAAGCCAAGACCUGGAAGUGGGACCGUCCACCUAGUGGGGAGGCAGGCCAGCUGGCAGGCACUGUGCAGGAGCAGAGCGAGAGCCCACCCCAGGCCCCUGCUGCCCCCGUUUCUCCCCUGCAGGAUGCCGCUACACCUGCCCUGGCCAGAUCCUAGGAGCCUGCAGGAUUCUCUGUACCAGCAGGUAGCGUAACUUUGGUGGAAGGGACGGACCCUCUGCUGGGCACCCCUGGCCCCAUCCCUGCUUCUGUACAGGGCCCCAGAGCAGAGGCACCUCUUCCUCCAGCAGGUCCUGUAAAGGGAAGGGGCACCAAAAAGCCCUGGGCUGGGGGCUAAAUUCCUGGGUUCUAAUCCUGAAAAGUCCCUGUCCAUCGCUGGGUCCCAGCUUUUUGACUGUGAAGUGGGGAGAAAAGGACGUCUUGGUGCCCAAGGCCUCUCCAGCUCCUUGCAGGUUCUGGGCUGGGUCCAGUGUGGGGGAUGAGCCUGACUCUGUGCCACCCCCUCCCAUUAGUAGCUUUACCUGGCCCCGUUUUGCUACUGCUGGGGCUUCCGCCUUCAAGGCCCCCAUGGGGCUAUUCAUCCAUGCUCUACCUACAGAAGGGGCUUAAUGCAUGUGCAUGCCCCUCUCCCCACUGUUUUUAAUGAAAAUGGAAAAACAGACUUGACCUGGGCAGGGCUGUGGUGCAUGAGCCCCAGCCUGCCCAGCUGCCCCCUCCCGCAAGAUCUCAGGAGCUUGGGGGAUGGGGGGAUGGGGCUAGAGAGGCGCCUCUGGCCUCAGUGGUUCCUGUGUCCCUGUGGUGUUGGUGCAUCUGUCCUCCAGCCCCAGGCAGCACGGGUGACUGCCUGGCCCAGCACCUAUCCCCCAACUCUGCUCAGCAACCUGGUUAUUUAUGUGGUGCCGUGCAGGCGCGGGCCCACUGCCCCGACCCCAUUUCUUUUAUUUAUUGAAACUUUGCUGUUGUCCUACCCUCACAUCCCCAUCCAUUUAUUGAAUAAUAAAAGGUGGGAGAGUGGUGUUGUGAGGAGCUUCUUUUCCUGCUGCCUCCCCAGGUCGUCUGUCCAUUCAGCACACUGCUCUUGAGUGCUGCGCUGGGUUGGGCACCGUGUGCCAGGCAGACCAUCUCUCCCUCCCAGGGCCUGCUCCCUGGCAGGUGGUGACCUGGCAUCAGUGAAGCAGGGGCUCCUGAGGAGGCCCCUAACCUCACCUGGGUCUCACUGAAGUGUCUGAAGGCAGUGCUGGCCACAGAAAUAGAAUGUGAGCCCCAUACACAUUUAAAAUGUUCUAGUAGCCACAUUUUUUUAAAAGUACAAAGAAAGACCACUAACCAGUUGCCGUCAAGUUGAUUCCAACCCAUGGCCACCCCCUAUGUGUCAGAGUAGAACUGUG